CGAUUGACUGUAGAGAAGAUAAACUUAGGAAAAUAAACAAAUUCCAAACACCAUGGCGGAAAUUGACCCCAUAAUCAUCGGGAAAAUCAACUACUACUGCAGAGAGCAGUAUUUUUGUCACAUGGAAAAUGCUGCAACUGAAGGACUUCAAAAAUACAGCAAUGAUGUUGUUCUUAAAUUUUUUAGGGCCUACUCUUACAUUUUACAAGGCCGUACUCAGGAAGGCAUGCGUGAGCUUGAUGUUCUGAAAGACAAACGUGAUGUUAAUCUUUGUUCUACCAUGGCACUAAUGCUGGGUCACAAACAAACUCAGAAUGUUGAUAGGGAAGCACUGCAAGAUCUUGAUGCAAAGUUGAAAGAGGAAAGGAAACAAGCAGGAGAAUUGGGACUGUACUAUGCUGCAUGGUUUUUGUUUCACAGUAGAAAGUUUGACAAGGCCCGCGAGUAUAUUGACAGAAUGCUCAAAAUGAAUACAACAAAAGAUGGUUUGGUGAUGAAAGGCUGGGUUGAACUUAACAGUGGACGAGACCCGAAAAAAGCCAUAAAGUAUUUUGAUGAUGCAAUAGCUAAUGAAGGAGCCAGAGACAUUGAUGCCCUGUUUGGAAAAGCCAAAUAUUUUGAGGUACGUCAUAACUAUACAGGAGCACUGGAACUGGUGAAUCAAGUGAUUGUAGGGUAUCCUGCCUUCAUUCCCGCACUUGUGGAAAAGAUGAAGCUGCAACUAGCACUCCAGGACUGGGAUCAGACUGUAGAAACAGCACAGAGAGCCCUUGGUCAGGACAUGCACUGUUUGGAAGCUCUUAGGUACCAGACCCUUUAUUUGUUGUGUCGAGAAGGAAAUUAUUCUGAGGCUUCAACGAAACUUGGUGACAUAAUCACAACAUUGGACAGAUCAGAACCAAGGAGUGCAAAUCUCUAUCACAGUAUGGCACAGACUUUCUGUAGAAUAUGUGGGAGGAACCAGCUGGUCUUACAGCAAACUUACACAUUAAUGGAGCGAUGUGUCCAACAGAGUCCGGACACAGCUGACUAUGUCAACGAGCUUGGCUUCCAACUACUGCUGCAGGGCAAGGUAAAGGAUGCCAUGAGAUGUUACAGGAAUGCCAUGAAAAUGGAUGAAACUAGUGUGGCUGCUCUCACAGGAAUCAUUCGAUGUCAGCUUCUUGAAGAUCAGUUGGAUGAAGCAGCUCAACAGCUAGAGUUCCUCAAUGAGAUUCAGCAGAGCAUUGGCAAGUCAGCUGAGCUGUCAUAUUUGAGUGGACUGUUAGCAAUUAAGCGUCGCCAGGGACCAGAGAAAGCUAUUGAACUGCUUAACUCUGCCAUUGAAGUCCACUUUCAGGGACUGAAGGGAUUCCCUCUUGGAAACCAUUAUUAUCUGCUGUUAAAUCCUGAUUUCCUACUUCAAAUCAUCAAGGACUACCUCCAGUUUGCUCCCCAAACGCCACCUCAGACUGGUCAAGCAGUGAGUCCUAUACUAAAACGUUGCAACCAAGUGUUGGACCCGCUAGCCAGAGCAGUGCCUGGUUUACUAGAGGCUCUCUACUAUUUAGGCAGGAUCAAGUUUCUCCAAGGUGAUAUUGAUGGAGCCCAGGGCACGUUGAACCACUGUUUGGAAGUAGACACCACCUUCUCUGAUGCACACAUUCUCAUGGCACAGAUUCACCUUCAUCAAAGCAACUUCAAGUUGGCUAACCAAUCACUUGAAGUAGGACUCAGCUAUAACUUUGAGGUACGAGACUCUCCACUGUACCAUCUCAUCAAGGCUCGCAUUCUCAAGAAACAAGGAGAACAUGCUGAGGCUGUUAAGACACUACAGAUGGCCAUGACUUUACCAGGAGUCAAAACUAUGGGUAGAGGAAAUGUUCCCAAGAAAGGUAAAGCCACAGCGAUCAGUGUCAAUGACAGAGUUUCUGUGUUCUUAGAGCUGGCAGAAGCUCAUCGGCUACUAGGAGAACAGCAUGAGGCCGCCAAAGUCAUGCAGGAUGCUAUCAAUGAAUUCAAUAACACACCGGAGGAAGUACGGAUAACUAUAGCCAAUGCUGACCUGUCAUUAGCCCGUGGUGAUGUUGAAAUGGCACUCGGCAUGCUCAGAAAUGUGUCUUCAGAUCAACCCUAUUACGUCCAGGCUCGUGAAAAGAUGGCAGACAUCUACCUGGUUCACAGAAAAGACAAGCGUCUGUAUGCUAGCUGUUACAGAGAACUGAUGGACAAGCACCCUAGUCCUCACACCUGCCUGUUGCUAGGUGAUGCCUAUAUGAGCAUUCAGGAGCCAGAAAAAGCCAUAGAGGUAUAUGAGUCAGCUCUGAAGAAAAAUCCACGUGAUGCACAGUUAGCCAGUAAGAUAGGACAGGCACUUGUCAAGACCCAUAACUACGGAAAGGCUAUCAACUACUAUGAGGCUGCCCUGAAGAGUGGAGGACAGGCCUUCCUCAGACAUGACCUGGCUGAGUUGUUACUGAAAUUAAGACAGUAUGACAAGGCUGAGAAAGUUCUCACAGCAGCCUUACAACAGGACACAGGUGGUGAUAUUGACCUGAUGAUGGAGCACACUAAGUACAUGGUUUUGCUGGCUAAGGUGUAUCAAAAGGUGGACAGGCUGGAGGAGGCGAUGGACUCGCUGACCAAGGCCCGCGACAUGCAAGCAAGAGUUCUAAAGAGAGUACAGGUGGAGCAGCCAGACACGGUACAAGCACAGAAACAGCUGGCGUCAGAUAUCUGUGUACAGAUGGCUGAGCAGACCACACAACAGCGUGACUAUGACAAAGCCAUCAAAUUCUAUAAGGAAGCGCUCGUCUACAAUGAUAAUGACAGCAAGGUGAUGCUGGAUGUAGCUGGACUUUACUUAACCACAGAAGACCUUGACUCAUGCCAACAUCAACUCAUGACACUCCUCAAAAACGAAAAAGAAAAUGAUGCAGCAACAAUAAUGCUGGCUGACCUGAUGUUUAGGAAGAAUGAAUAUGACUCAGCCAUGUACCAUUUCCAGCAACUUCUCACACUUAAGCCAGACCACUAUGAAGCACUUUCCAGACAAAUUGACCUGAUGAGAAGAAAUGGUAAAUUAGAUGAGGUACCAAAGUUUCUAGAGCAGGCUGAGAACGCAUCGGCUAGAGCCACUAUGGAUGCUGGUUAUAACUAUUGUAAAGGACUGUAUGAAUGGUAUACAGGAAACCCCACUGCAGCCCUCAAAUACUUCAAUAAAUCAAGGAAGGACUCAGAUUGGGGAAAUCUCUCUAUGUACAACAUGAUAGAGAUCUGCUUGAAUCCAGACAAUGAUACAGUUGGUGGAGAGGUGUUUGAAACCAUGGAAGGUGACUCUGCAGGGUCUAAUGACAAAGCUGACAGUGAACAAAUGGCAGUACGUACAGCAGAGAAACUCCUCAAGGAAUUAAAACCUAAGCCCGGAGACAUUCGUCCCAAACUCCUGGAGAACAUGACACUGAUUGCCACCAAACAAAAGGCCAAUGUAGAAAAAGCCCUGAAUGCUUUCCUGGAGAUCUCCACAAAUGAGCGAGACCAUGUUGGUGCUCUGUAUGGUAUGGCCGCUGCCUACAUGGUACUGAAGCAGACUCCUCGUGCCAGAAACCAACUCAAACGCAUCACAAAAAAUAACUGGACAAUGCAGGAUGCAGAAGAUCUUGAGAAGAGCUGGUUAUUGCUUGCUGAUAUCUAUAUACAGUCUGCAAAAUAUGACAUGGCUACUGAUCUGCUGAAGAGAUGUAUAUCACACAAUAAGUCCUGCUGUAAGGCACACGAGUAUAUGGGCUACAUCAUGGAAAAGGAACAGUCAUACAAAGACGCAUCUUCUAAUUAUGAAUUGGCUUGGAAAUACGGCAACAAAAACAACCCUGUCAUUGGUUUCAAGCUUGCUUUUAAUUACAUGAAAGCCAAAAGAUUUGUGGAUGCUGUUGACAUUUGCCAUUAUGUGUUAGAUGGCCAUCCAAACUAUCCAAAGAUAAGGAAAGAAAUCCUGGAGAAGGCACGAGCUAGUUUACGAGUGUGACAUAACUGACUGUUUAGAGACUAUUUGUCAUCUGAUCUGAACUUUGUGACAGACACAAAGUAUAUCGGUGACUCUUAUUUAAACGACUUCAGUGGCCUUUAGAAUAAUGCACACUGCCAUUAUUUGUGACCAUACCAUAUCAAAUUUGUGGACAAAAUAAUCGUAUUGUUUUUAUAGCAGUUCAGACUGUAGUCUAUACUUGAAUGGAUGAGCAUGUUACGUGUGGAGCACAGUAUUGAAGAUGUUGAAGAUGUUGGUGUUCAAACAGUACAAUCUUUUCCUACAAGCCACAUCAUCCUAGUCAUUUUCAACAUACUAAGAAUGUAUAUGCAAUGUAUUUAGUAUUUUGUGAUGUAUAUUCAAACUUGAUUGAGCACUGUUUUGUAUUCUGGAUAUUGAAUUUGCGGAAUCUGAAUACCUGUAUCAGUCUAAAGACGAGCCAAGCUCCGAAAAAUGACCAAAAAAUUUGAAACUUAUAAGUUAAUAUUUAUUGAAUCCACAGUUUACUGUAUAAAAUUCCCAGUGGUUUACAUUGGAAGUCAUCUGUAUUGGGCUCAAGAUCACUCAGUGUUGAGUACCUGUUACUAUUGCAGGAUCUAACAAAAAUCAACACUAAUUUUUAUCGUAAAACUAAUUCUAUAUAAAAUAUUUGAAAUUGUAUUUCAGUAGAGAAAUAUUGAGAUCUGUAUGUCACAAAGAUUUCUGAAAAAAGAUAUAGAUUUUGUUCAUUAUAGAAAGUAAUGAGAAUGUUACCAGGUGAUUGUACAUACAAACAAUGUCAUACAUAGAUAAAAGAGUAAGGAAUUUUUUUUUCUUAUCUUUAUAGAGCUUAGAGGUCAAAUGAUCUAUUUGAUAAUAUUUAUAAAUGGUUGUUGUGAUUGUUAAACCAUUGUAAAUCUUUAUUCCGUCCAUACACAUAAACAUUCCACAGAU